CAAAGCGGGUAGGAAAAGAAACCAACACACCGGAAGCUGUAACGUCACAGCGUGACGUCGUGGCGGUUGACGCCUGCUUAUGACUUGCGAAAUGGAGAAAGGAGCUGUACGGAAAAAACAACAAGCCUCCUUAUUUGAGGAAUUUGUAGUUCAAUAAAAGAAGAACAUCAAGCAGCGGGGCCACGCCGACCACAGCCGGCUGGAGACUAACGUUGCCACAUCGGCCGACAUUUUCCCCGAUGAAAUGCAGCACUCAGUAGGAUGAUCAGCAAUCAAGAAGAGGAUGAAUUUGUUGCAGUGCGGGUCCAAGAUCCCCGCAUGCACAACGAAGGCUCCUGGAAUUCCUAUGUGGAUUAUAAAAUAUUUCUACAUACCAACAGUAAAGCCUUCACGGCGAAGACGUCCUGUGUGCGUCGGCGCUACAGUGAAUUUGAAUGGCUCAAGAAGAAGCUUCAGAAGAACGCUGGUUUGGUGCCGGUCCCAGACCUUCCAGGAAAAUCCUUCUUCUCCUUCAGCAAUGAGGACUUCCUGGAGAGGAGAAGGAAAGGACUUCAGGCCUUUUUGGACAGCGUGGUGAAUAUGACAGUAUGUCUGUCAGACAGCCAGCUCCACCUCUUCCUGCAGACUCAGCUGCCAGUCGGUCACAUCCAGGACUGUGUGCAGGGCCACACUCCGUACACUGUGACGGAGGCCAUCCUCACCUACGCCUCGUCCAAUCGGGGCCUUGCUCAGGCUCUGGAGGACAAUUCCAUCAAAGAACCGAGUUUGACCGUUUCGUAUGAGUCCAUGGAGAGCCCAGCUCCUCAUCAACCCACCUCCUGCAUGCAACCUAAAGAGACCUUCUGCCCUGAGCUUUUGUCUUGUGGCGACCCUGACCCUCUAGACGACUUAUUGGACGUCUGUAAUAAGGACACAGUUGAGUUUCAGCACAAGGAGAAAUCCUCAGUGAAGGUCCUCCAGAAGAACAACCACUUAGAGGCCGUUUUCGAGGACUGCUCCCCGUCAGAGGUGACCUUUUUCCUGGGUGACAGCCAGGAUGUCCCUGAGAGCCUCAGCCUUACAGAACAGACCCAGCAGAGGAGCUGUCAGAUACAGACACCAGUAGAGGUGCACUUGCCCAUGGGGGCUGACUUUGAGGAGAAAUGUGGGGUGGACAGCUUGCUUGAGGAGGAGUGUUCAGUCAGAGAGGAGAGCACUGUGACAUUAGAUACAGAAGAACAGAGUCGUCCUCGUUCAGACACAGAGGAGAAGGCUGAAAGUUCUGAAGAGGCAAAAAUAGAGAAGUUUGACUGUGAGCCAGAAAAAUGUGUAAAUUCUGUAUUAACUUUAGAUUUUAAGGAACAGGGACCAGAAAGUGAAGCUGGAUCUCAGCAGGAAGUUCUUGACGUUGUCUGCUCUGAGAAGCAGGUUUUAGAAAUUCAUGCAAUGUCUGAAGUUAAUGGUCAUGACCACGUUGUUAGCUCCGAGGUUCACACUGAAGAUGUCAGCUGUCCGGAGGAGUUUAAGAGCUCAGACGGACAGAAAGAACCAGACGACGAAAAAAGUGAUGAAUCUGAGAGCAAAGAGGAGACGACACUUGAGUCAGAAAUCCAUGAAGAAGACAUUGUUGAACAAAUGGACCAAGUCGAACAGGAAGUGGAUGUGGUCAGGACCAAAGAUGACAGCAAUGAGGACAGCCACUCAUCUUCCAAUGAGAGCAUCGUCAAGGUCAGCGAUGAAGAAAGCGUGUGUGACGAGACCGAGGACUCUUUCCAGGCUGCAAACGGCUACAUGAAGACGUCUCCUGAGGAGGUCACUCACUGGUCAGAAGUAGAAGUCUCCAGCAGAAACAUUUUGGACCUACACAUGAACAGAUGCUCUGUGGAAAAACAGGACAUUUCCGCCCAGGAGGACGAAGACGUGCAAUACAUAACUGACAUCAGUGACUUUAGUAAAUCUCUGGACCUUAACUCGACUGUAACCGGUGGAGAUUUGACUGAAAAUAGUGACUUUAGAAUCUUAGAGAGCAGCUGCACGCCUGGCUUGGCUGAUAGUAAAUGCACAGAGCAGGAAACCUUGUCCUUGCUGUCUUUGGACGCCUCAGAGGAGACUCAUGAGGUGGAGGUACAUUAGUGACAGCUGAAUGGCACCACAUCGCAGAACCCAGAAAAUGGAUAGUGGAAGUUGUCGUCUGCCAAAGACACAUUCGAUCACACACACACACACACACACACACACACA